GAAUGGGUGAGAUGCAUAAUGGUGAGUCUAUUUUUACAACUGUUAAUAUAUCUUUUAUUUUGUGAGCAUUUGUGGGUUGCUUCCAAACAGAAUCUCACUUUAUAUAGUGACAAUGAAAAGCACUCUACUCUACUCUAUUUUAUAAUCAUUUUUACCGUUUUCUUUUUUGGAGCCAGACUACUCAUUAUGAUGCAUUUGCAACUGUUGCGCAGAUGUGCUGGUUGUCCAGCAGAUGGCGGUAUAAUAUCUACAAUAGAUGUCAACAGCCAAAAUAUCCAGCACAAAGAAGAAGAAUGUUCGUCACUUCCUGUAUUUGACUUUGCCUGGAAGAAGGUGAACUUGAGCAGGACACCAUUUUCUUCAAACGAAUUUGCCGACAACGUGAUUGUACUUCAACUUGACACGACCAUUUUCUUCAAACGAUUUACCUGGAGAAAGUCACUGUACUGACAGAUGAUAUGGGUGACCAGGAGCAAGUGUAUCUAGACGGUGCCAUCAGGGAAGUCCUGCCAGAGCUUUCCAGAGGAAACCAAGAUAUUCUUGAGGAGCAUUUACAGAGCAUUGGAGUGGGGACUUGUAGUGAUCUUCAAUAUGUCACAGCAGACGACCUCCUAACAGUUCUCAGACCUGUACAGGCCAGGAAGUUCAUUUUGGUAUGCAAGCAAAAAUACCAAUCUUCUGAGGGCAGCGCGCUUCACCAGGCCAGUCACCACGCUUCACCGGACACUUCAUCCCCGUCACCAUCCCCUUCACCAUUCCCUUCACCAUCCCAAGGCGAUUUCGAGUGGGAUGGAUUUCAAAUUCCUUGGAGGAAAUGCUCCGAAGAACUACUACAAUGCUUGGAGCGAGGGAGAAGACCUAGUCCAACUCUGAGGAGGCAGUUGGUGAGGAUUGUGGUGUCUGACAUGAUGGCAAAAAAUAAUAGAGUUGGGAAAAGGGGGGCAACAACAGUUGCCCAAAAAAUGGUGGCCAAGUAUCCGGAUUCCUUGCAAGACGUCAUCGAGGGUGAUGUGGUGGGCGCCGGCUACCAUUCCCUAGUAAAGCAAAUUCUGUAUAGAAUUGAAAAUGCCAGACGUAGUGACACACCGAAGUUAAGAAAAAGAUCCCUAACUGCUGACUCGGACACUACAGACGAAUCCAUGGAGGCAAGGGCAACCAUCCAAGACACUUAUGGAUGCGUCAAAUGGAGUGUUAAAUUCCUACCCCUUGAGGAGACGGAGGAGAGUCAGGAGCAGAAGUGGGAGAGGUUGAAGCUGCUGUAUGAAGAAACUGGUACCAACAUGGAUGAGGUGAAGGACCUGAUGAAGUGCACCUACUACACGCAGCGCAAGCACAUCAAUGAGGGGAAAAGUGUGAAGUGGCUUAGGGAGGAGUGGCCAUUUUUGUUCGAGAUUCUCGGGAUGGCUGUCCACUAUAAGGAACUGACGGCAAAUGACCUCCAAGGAAGUUUCCUAAGAAAUUUGGAUCUGAAGGGACAGAGGCUUCUGAACUUCAUCACCACAAUCUCCGUCAGGAGGAACAAGAAGUUGUUGGAGGCGUAUGGAAGACUUCAGAGGGCCCGGGGACCGGACAGCGGCUGCUCCGACGACGUCAAGGAGAUGAUUCUGCUCCUACUCACUUACUUCGAUGAGAGAGAGGAGACCUUGUUCUGCUACGUGGAGGACACCUGCCCGCCAGAGGAGGUCGAGCUGGAGAAUUUGCCUCUAACACCAGCAGUUAUUGUCUGUGGACAAUCCUGCUUUACUGCUAAGAGGUACAUGCUGGCCCUGGAUCGCAGCGUCGUCAACGGGAACAUCUCCUCCUUCAUUUCCGCCGUGUGCCUCAUGUUUGGGAGUUACUUCUGCCUGAACAUCCACUACCCCUCCGAGCUGGCGUCCACAUUGGAAUUUCUUCAACGGUGCUUCUUCUCUAUAAAUCCAGAGAAAGGGACCAAAGUGGCAAAAUCCAAGAGCAAUCACAGUGUCAACCCUCGCGUCCUAACCCUGAUUCAGGACAUAUCUGAUCAUGAGUGGCGUGCAGAGUAAACAUAGACUGGUUUGUCUUUUCACAUUCGUCGAUAUUU